CAUCUUUACGCAUGCGUGAAGCAGGCUAGCCUUUUCUGGUUAGCAAACAGUCACUAUUAGCAGGCGGUCUGGACCUGUGCAGGGCAGCUCGAAACAAAGGCCACCAUGGUGCUGAACCCAGUCAUCUCCAAGCUCGCUGGUAAACUGGUUGUGCUGGCCAGCGCCUCCCCUAGACGACAGGAAAUACUCCGCAAUGCUGGCUUACGCUUUGAGGUUGUACCGUCAUGGUUUAAAGAAACCCUGGAUAAGGGACUUUUCAAAGCACCUCACGAGUAUGCUGUUGAGACUGCCAAGCAGAAAGCCCUGGAGGUGGCUAGGAGGAUGCCAUUUAAACACCUGAAAACUCCUGACAUUGUGAUCGGGGCCGACACAAUUGUUACGGUAAAUAGUAUGAUUCUAGAGAAGCCAGUGGACAAACAGGAUGCUUACAGGAUGCUUUCAAGCCUGAGUGGCAAAGAGCACAGUGUUUUUACUGGUGUUGCUAUCGUACUCUGCCAUGAGAAAGACAAUCAGGAGGUGGACUACCAGAUGAUAGCCUUCUACGAAGAAACAAAGGUGAAGUUUGCUGAUCUGUCAGAAGAUAUGCUGUGGGAAUACAUCAAUAGUGGUGAACCCAUGGACAAGGCAGGCGGCUACGGUAUCCAAGCUCUUGGUGGGAUGCUUGUAGAGUAUGUCCAUGGAGACUUCCUGAAUGUUGUGGGUUUCCCCCUCAACCAUUUCUGCAAACAGCUUGACAUUAUUUACAACCAUUCCUCUUCCUUUGCCGUUGAGAAAAAGGGGUCCGCCCACAUAAUCCCCAACGGGCCCCUCGGAACCUCGGUACUCGAUCAGCAGCCGCACACCUUGGAGAAAAGUUCCUCUCCCAGCCUAACGCAGCGCAUUCACAACAGUUCUUCAAACAGUCCCGCACAUAAGGUAAAAAGGACAAACCAUGAGAGUGGAGUGGGUGGGGGUUCCUGGUCAACGGCCAGCAACACGUCAAAACCCAAUGAUGGAGAAUUUAAGUCCCAAAACUGUGAAAAUGUAAUCAUACAACUGAACAGACAACAGGAAGUGGAGCAAAGUGGGACAGAAACACAAGACAGCAAACCUAACAAACAAGAUUUGGAGAGAAUCUGUGAGCUGAUGGAUGGAUUCAAAGCCUCAAAGGCUCUUUUCACAGCCUCCAGUUUCUGCGUGUUUGACUUGUUACACAACAAACCCGGCCUGGAUGCUGCACGAGUGGCUGAAGAGAUCAAAGCAUCCGUCAAAGGGACCGAAUGUCUGCUGGAGGCAUGUGUGUCUCUGGGACUGGUAAAGAUUAAAGACAAAACACACCCAAAGGCACUGUUUGAGAACACAGAUUUAGCCACGAGUUUCUUGCGCUCAGAUGCUCCCUUUUCUCUGCACGGAUACAUUCGGCACUGCAAUGAAACUCUCUGGCCUCUUUUUUCACAUCUCGACAGUGCAGUUCAUGAAGGAGUCAGCCAGCACGAGAAAGUGAAAAGACAUAAGGAGCGCUGUCAGGAUUCUGUUUGCAGUAGCCAAGAAUUGAAACUGAGAUUUAUGAGCGGCAUGCAUAGCUUUGCAAAAGUCACAGCAGCGGCUGUAGCAACAGCCUUUGAUCUCUCCAGGUUUAAAACAGCCUGCGACCUUGGCGGAUGCACCGGCGCCAUGGCCUACGAGUUCACCAAAGCCCAUCCAGGAAUGUCGGUAACAGUGUUUGACCUGCCUGCUGUUAUAGAAAUGAGAGAGCAUUUCCUACCUGCUAACAGUGACAAGAAGGUGUCUUUUGUUGCAGGAGACUUUCUUAAAGACGAUUUGCCCAAAGCUGAUCUGUACAUUCUGGCCAGAGUGCUCCAUGAUUUGACCGAUGAGAAGCUGCAUGUUCUUCUGAAGAAAAUUGCAGAAUCUGCCUCCCAAGGCUGUGGACUCCUGCUCAGCGAGAUCUUUCUGGAUGACGACCGAGGCGGCCCAAGUCGUGGCCUGCUGCAGGCCCUCAGCCUGAGUGAAGGGAAGCAGAGAAGUGCCAGCGAGUACAGGCUGCUGUUAGAAAGGCAUGGUUUCAUCACGGCCCACAUCAAACACACAGGCAACCUCCUGGAUGCUAUGCUGUCCAUCAAAGCAUGAGCCACAAGCAAACUCUUUCUUCGUACUACAAACGUCGCUGAAGGUUCUCAUUCGUCCAAGUACCGCUAUGAAGUUGAGUCAUGGCAGCUGCACUAAAAUCUUUUUCCUUCCAUGGCCAAAUGUUCCAAGGAAGAAGAUUUUUAGUGCAGCUGCCAUGAAUCAACCUCAGUCAAGACUCACACUACAAAGAAACGUAUGGAAUAUACUAUAAUAGAAUCGCGGUAAUAUAAGUUUGUCAAAUGUGAUUUUUUUUUUUUUAAGACUUAUGUAACAUUCUUGUGUCUGUACGGUCUUUGGAGCUGUAAAUGAACAUUUCUCCUUAUGUUCUCUGAAAAUCUGGAUGAUAACACCAACAUGCCUUUCUGUGAUGUUCCAUCUCUAUUAAAAGGUAAUGUUUAAUUCCUGCCUCAGGUUUUUUGUUCAUCCUAAAUCCUCUUUGGUAAAUAGUUGUAUAUACAAAAAAAUAAAGCACAAAACUUCCUUUUUUUGUGGAUAAACAGCUAGAGGUAUGCUCUAAAUUGAAUCUAAAAUGAGCAUGAAGCAUUUGAAGAAACAACAGACGGGCGGUGUUUGUGUGUGUUGUUUGAGACUGGAAAAAUGUGGUUUUGUGUUUUCCUCAACCCUUCAAAGCAGUAGAGUUUCCACUAGUUCACUUGUGGUUGUGAGUUACCGGACUAAUUUGAAAGUAUGAUUCAUCCAUUUUUCUGUACCCACUUAUUCACACACCCACGGGGAUGCUCGAGUCAAGGCGGGGGUCCAAGAAGAAUCACCGAAAACCAAUUCAUGUUAAAUCAAAUUAAAAUUGUUGCUUUUUGGUACUUGCAAAAUAAAAAUGGUAGAAAAUGG